AAAUCAAGAAAAUACGUCAUUCACUAAAACGUCAAAUUUGCAUUGUUUAUAUUUUACAAGCUUUUAAAAUUUUAUGAUUUUUAUAUUUGAGCAAGACAUUUGGAAAUUUAUUUGUCUAGUGUACUUUAAAUAAAUAAAAGACAAGGCUUUAAUGUAUUAAAAUGGGUGGCAAGCAUAAGGAAGCCAGAAGAACUAAAAAUAAUACAAAGCCUUCAAGUAGUGGCAGAAGUGCAGCAGUUUUAAGUACUGCUUUCCCAAAAUUUGCGGGCUUAUUUGGUUCAGAUGCUUCCGAUCCACCCGAAAAAUCUGGAAAACCUGGCUAUACUAUUGAACGUUUGUCUGGGCUUGAAACAGAACUCACCGACGACUAUCAAUUGGUACUAAAAAAAAUUUCCAAAAAAGAUCCAACCACAAAACUUAAGGGUCUACAAGAGUUUGCGGAUUUAAUAAAAAAAUCAGAACUUGAUGCUGUCAAAAAUGCAUUAGUUGUUUGGCCAAGGUACUACAAUAUUCUUGCAACUGAUACAAAUAACAGGGUACGAGAAGCAACUCAUAAUGUUCACCGAGAAUUUGUGAUUAAAGUAAAAAGAGAUAUUGCACCCCAUUUAAAGAAACUUAUCGCUCCAUGGUUUACAUCGCAGUAUGACAAUUACCCACCAGCUGCAACUGCAGCAAGUGAAGCUUUUAAGGAGGCAUUUCCUCCUGCUAAGUUUCAAGAUGCCAUUGUAUUUUGCCAAGCAGAAAUCCUUACAUACAUUUACGAUAAUUUAUUAGUUCAAACUGUCAAGACGAUUGCUGCUCAAAAUUGUACAAAAGAAGAGGCGGAAGCAAAGUAUGUCAGGGUGUUGCUUUCCUGUCUGCAAGGGUACGCAUUAUAUUUACAGCAAGUACCCACAGAACAAAUCAAAGAAGCAGCUGAGGCUAACAGUAAAAUUGUGUCGCACAAAGGUUUUUGGAAGUUGAUUAAGAACGAGGUGCCUUUGGUACGGGCCGCAUGGUUCCAAGUACUUACUGUAUUAUGUCGGAAAGCGAUGUUUCUGCUGGAAAAUAGAGAGACACAGAUUUUGACUAUUGUUCUAAAUAAGUUAGAUGAUGGUGAACCCACUGUACUACCACAUGUUUGGGAGUGUGUUUUAGUGGCAGUAUCUUCAAUUCAGGAAUGGUGGAAUUAUGUUAAUUUUGAAAAGAUGUAUCUUCCAAAAUUGGUGAAUGUUUUAAAAUUGGGUGGCCAGGGCAAUGCAACCAUUAUUUACCCAAGUUUGUUGCCAUUAAUAUCUCAGCUUGAACCUAUUCAAGCGGGUCCGUUGAAGUUUUACACCAUUAUUUUUGAUAACAUGAGAUUAGGUUUUAAUGAGGACGUUGUCGCUCGCAGUAACUCCGAGUCGGUCGCCGUUGCAACAGCCUUUACUGAAUGUCUGCAAUACAUUAUCAAUAAACACAUUUCAGACGUUCACCUGUGCAAGACCCUUAUUAAGUUUCAAGUCCUGGAACUGCUUGAAUGGACUCUUUUAUCACGGAAAAUUUAUGGCAGGCCCAUAUUUAUUGCGAUCUCGUGCUUCGCGCAAUAUUUGGGGCAACGUGCCUAUUCCGAGCCUUACCAAGUUUUUUUGGAUUUUUUCUUUGAAAACUUAAAAGACAGUUUUUCAAAAUUACUUAGGCAGGAGUAUUAUGAAGAGAGACGUUUAGAGGUGUCCGAGAGGCAAGUAGACUUUCUGUAUUGUGUGAAACAAAUCAAACACAAAAAGAAAAACAGGAAAUUAAAGUUUGACGAUGACGACAAGAGCAAAAAAAACGAGGAUAAUGAUAAAGAAGAAUUGGCCAUGGACAAUAAAGAGAUGUAUUUGGCCAGAUUGAACAGGCUGAUUGUGGAAAUUUGCAACAAUUACGUGGAUUACAUUGAGGAACAUCGAUCCAGAGGAAUACUAGAAGAGUUGUGUCGUAUCAUCGACUAUUACAACAGCGAACAGUUCUUCGAAGGUUUGCUGGAAAAUAUGAAAAAAUCGAAGGGCGACGCUUGCUUCAUGGACAUUUACGAAAACCUGUUCAAGAAAUGGCUGAAUUCUCCUGGUAAAAUUCAUUGCGAUACCCUCGUCGACUUGAUUUAUAUGCUGUUCCCGGCGCUGAGCCGCCAAGAUCGACAAAAAGUUCUUCAAGAUUUUCUGCAGUUGGCAAACGAAAGACCUCAAAUGCUGGAAUGGUGUUUGUCCGGAGCGCUUUCUCAUCCUCAAAUUGAGCUUCCGGAAGUGAGAGAAUGGGUGCACGAGGAAAAAAUCGGCCAAUUGGUUCUUUCCAUUGCCGACAAACGCCUUAAAGGCGAAUGCCCUCCAGAAUUAGCCAACGUUUUCUCAUUGGCCUUCACCGAGGAUAAAAAUGGAGAGGUCUUUAUGAAAAACGAGGUGACCAGCCAGAUAAUCGAGAAAAUCUGCGCGAUCCUACCAGAACAAAUCGACGAAAUUCCGAAUCUGGAUUCUUGCUGUAGCGUGGCGGCGCAAUUUUGCAGCGUCGUCUACACCGACUCGCUGUUGCUGACGUACGGCGAUCAGCUGUUGCUGACCGUGCUGAAGCUGUGCCUUAAAAUGCCGAAGGAAACCGAACGCCUAUCGUCGGAAACUGUAGAAGAGUGUAAAUCAGCCUGGAGGGAUUCCCUAGCCACCAUCUUGCGCGCUUCCUAUUUGUCCAAAGAUGCUAAAUUUGAAUUGUUGGAUAAAAUGGCGCACAUCGUGGAAGAGGAGUUCUUAAGUGCCGAUUUAGGUGACGCCUCGCCUGACCACGGCCACUGUGGACACUUGGAACGUAUACUGUUAACGAUUAUAGACCUGCUCAAGGCGACCUACGCCGGUUUUCCUCUUUGCAUGACCGCUGUUGUCGACGUUAUAUUCAAUAGGAAGAAGUUGCUGGAAUAUGGCGAAGGCGCCAGGAUGCUUUGUCAGGUGAUGGAAUACGUGAACGGUACCUUGUGUUGCCCGGGCGACGAGCUGAAAGCGAACGAUUCCCUCAGCGAGCACGACAUCUACCGCUCCUUCCUUUGGACCUAUUUCAAACACUACGCCCUCAGCACCGACAUUUUCGACGAGUCCGACGAAGAUGACGAUAAUAGUUCGGACACAGAAUCGCCAACGGUGGCCAAGCUGUUCGUUAACGCGCUGGACCGUCCCAGCGACGCCCUGGUGGAAGUUAUGCGCGACUGCGCCGCGGGAGAAGUGAUUUUGAGGCGCCUCAACACCAUGCUCUACCUGGACGAGGUCGCCAUCUACCACGAUUGGCUGCAGGAGAGGGCGGUGCGCAUCGGCAACGCUGUCGAUGCCCAGUUCCACCAGAAAAUUCAACAGGCGUUCGAGCAUCAGCGACCGUGGAUGCUGCUGGCCGGCACUUACGAGGAAAGCGUGGCCGAAUUCGUCAUGGACAAGCGAAAGGACGGCAGAAUUUGGAUGUUUUUCGAAUUGGGACACGCCGAAGAAACGCUCAAAAACGAACCGGAAAAAGUUGGGGUAGUGUUUGAUUUAAUGAAAGCGGUAAAGGAGGAAAACGAGUCGGAAUUUUUCUAUAACGAUGCAAGUGCAAUUUCGUGCGAAAAAUCCGAGUUGAUCGUUCAAAUAAUCCGAUUUUGUUCGCAAGUUAUCCAAUAUGGCGAUCUCAGCGAUGACCAGUGGGAUUUCGUUGUGCUUAGCUUAAUACCUUGGAGCGCCAAUUGCUACAGGGCCAAACAUUUACUGAAGAAUUUUCAGUAUCAGGCCUUCCUGGUGGCAGUAUCCAACUUAUUCACAAGUGUGAGCCGUGCAAUUUCAAAAUUCAAAUUUGAAAACACUCACGAGCACCACGUCAACGAAUGGGAGGAGGUGCUACUUGAAAGCAUUCACACGGACAUGCUUCAAACUUGGCUCAUUUUGGCCUAUGAUUUUACGAACGUGGUGGCCAAUUGUCUGUUCUACGUCGGACUGAUGCAGCAGUUCGGCAAAAUGACGGAAGGGUUCGAGUGCGAGCUGCUCUUCAGGCCGAACGAGAACGGGCCGAAGUGGACGAGCGUGGCCGGCAGGGCCCGCGACCUGGUGCGCUGUUCCCACCCGCUUCUCCAGCUGUGGGGCUACCGCAUGCUGCUGGUCCUGGUGCCGGGCAUCGUCCGCCAGGAGGAGCUGGCGCUGGAAAGAGCCGCCGCCCCCCUCGCUUCGCCAUACUUCAAGAAAUUCAAGGCCGACUCGCAAGCGUUCGACUCGGACGUUGCAAGGGCCAUCUCGCAAUACGGAAGCGACCCAAACAAAAACUGUACAAUUCCGCUGGCUUCAAACGAGUUUGGUUCGACAAUGGCUUAUCUGAUGUUAUGGGACUUGAUGAUUAAAAUGUUCGAGGCCGCGUCCAAGGAUCUCAAAUUCUAUUUCGUCGAAACGUUGAAGGAGCAGGAUUACCUGAGCGUGGUGUUGAACCGUUUGCUCGGUUUGAUGGCGCUGGAAGUGCUGCCGCCCUACAGCGCCAGAUCGACCGUCCACGCGAAAUACUUCGAAGCCACGCAACUGGCCGUCGUCCGCAGCCACACCGUCAACAGGGCCGCCUGCUACGCGUUCCGGUGUGCGCUGCAGCACGUGCCAGCCCUGGCCAGGCAGUGGUGGGCUGGGCUGGACUCGGCAACGUCGCACAUGGUCGGCAAGCUCACCGCCAUGUACGUGUCGCCGAUACUCGCCGCCGAAGAACUGGAGGACGUGGCAAGUCACCAGAACAACUUCAAAAAUAUGACGAUUAAAGUACUGCCGAGCGUAAGAGAGAUCUUGGCCGUCUAUAGCGUGGACGAGACCCAAAUGGAACUCGCCAUAACCUUACCGCUCAAUUAUCCUUUGGGAACCCCCUACAUCCAGUGCAACAAGCAGAUCAGCGGUACCGCCCAUAAGCAGUGGCUCUUGCAGUUUAAGAAAAGCGUUAUACAUCAGAACGGCAAAAUUUGGGACGGUUUAUUUAUGUGGAACAAUCAGCUAGAUAAGAAGUUCGAUGGCGUGGAGGAGUGCUAUAUUUGCUAUGCCGUGUUGCAUCCUGGUACUUACCAAUUACCCAGAUUGUCUUGCCAAACUUGCAAGAAGAAGUUUCAUUCAGUGUGUCUGUACAAAUGGUUUAGCACAAGCAACAAGAGUACCUGUCCGAUAUGCAGAAAUUUAUUUUAGAAAUCAAAUUAUAUUUUUAUCCUCGUAUCCUAUUAAUAAAAUUAUUUUAUUUUUUUGUUGAUAAAAAAACAUGAUGAAUACAUGUAUUAUUUGUACAUACAUUGAAAUCCCUAAUUAAACAAAUAGUAAGUUUAUCCAUAAAAUUAAAAAUAUGUACUUUUGCUUUAGUCUUAAUUUCCCUUAGGAAUUUUCAGUUUUUAUAUAAUAGUUAUGCAAUCAAACAUACACAAAAGAUUUAUUUUUUAUUCCACUCCGCAGGUGUUCACGUAUAAUUUAGUUUUUUUUAACUCGAUAAAAAUGAAACAUAAAAUAACUCGGAAGUAAUAAUGAAGAGUAAUGGAUUUGAAUAGUACAAAGAGUAAACUAGUCUAAUCGCUGUAGUUCUAGAUCUAGUUGCUUGCAAUCUUCCAGAAUAAAAUGCCAGAGAUGUGCCCUUCUUCUACGUACAUCCCUUCGAGGAUUCCCUAGGAACAGUUGGGAUGAUGAUCAGCUUUCAUACCGGUCAUUUGGCAUUCUGUCCCUCCACUCUCUUCUCCUGUUCCUUUGGCUAGGUUAGCUUGGGAAUGGUGAUCUAUGACAUUCCCAAUGUAAAAAUUCUGAGCUAUCUCUGACGCCGGUUUUUUUUCGAUCGGACCGUAAUUCUUUAAAGAAAAAAGUACGAUCUUUUUUACAAAUAAGUGGAAAAAAGUUUUUAUUGAUGAUUGAAAUAGUUAUGAAGUUGGUUCAAAUCUACCCUGUGGUUUUUUCUUUUUUUUUAUUUAAAUAAUGACUUUUAACACAUUCUUAUAGCCUCGUCUAUACAUAACUACUUAGGUAAACUACGGUAUAAUCGAAAAAAGAAACGGCGUCAAAUUGGCUUGGAAAUGAAGAUCAAUGACAUUCUCCAUAUAAAAGUUCCUAGCCCGCUACGACGCCGAUUUUUUUCGGAUCCGAGGGUACUUUCUUUAAAUGAAGAAAAUGUCAUCAACAUAUAAUCUUUUUCCAUUGCAAACGAAUAUUAAACAAAGAUUGGUUUGAUUGAAAUAGUUUUAAAUUUGGUUGAAGCUACUCAUAGAUUUUCCCUUUUUUUAGCUGUAAGUCCUGAUGCAUUGUUCAUAAUAUUCAUGGAAACGAUAAAAUGUACUGCCCUGGAACUAAAAACAGUAAUAAAUUUGACUUUCUAUAGCUAGUGUUUUGUAUUGAAAAUACAAGUCAUAUUUACAGCAUAUAUUUAGUCGAUACGGGUCUGUUUUUGGCUACUCAAUAGUCCCAUUGUUUCACAUUAAGAUAUAUUGUUGCUAAAAUUUAGUUUUAUACAAGUACAAAUUCAAUCUAUACGGGGCGUACAAUAAUAAUUCGACUACCCUGUAAGCACAGCUGUAAGCAAUCAUACCAAAUGCAGAAACAAAUAGGUAUGUAAUGAAUUAUUAUAAAAAAACAACGAUAAGAUUGAUCAAUCUCUUGAUUUUUUUUCAUGUUGCUUUUUUAUGGAGAAAAUAAAAAAAAUAUUAAUAGCAAAUGGCAGAGGGACAUAGUAGCUUUAAUGCAUUUAAAUAUAUAAUUACAUACCAGUCUGUUUUUUAAAAAGAUAUAAACACAUGUAACCAUAAAGUCACAACUUCGAAGCACGAUACACUCACUUCGAAGGAUUAUGGGUAGUCCCGAAAAAGAAAUUAGAAAUUCGCUUUCGAUUGUGAUCUCAAAUCUGUGAUCUCAAAGAUGCAGGUUGUAAAAGGAUUCAGGCAAAUACAAAACCUUUAAAAAAUA